UUGGACUUGCACCAGCAGCAAAAUCACUUCUCUUCCCUGGGUGGGGUGCUGCUUGAGUUCCUCACGGCAGCGCUGCUGCCUUCUGGGGCUGGGGUGGAAGGGCUUUCCCUGGAAGCUGUAGGAAGAGCACGUCCCUGCAGACACUCUAGUGUGCAGGUUGCUGGGCUGGGAUUGAGGGGCCACGGCUGUCCCCAGCAUUUGCUGGUUUUCCUGUUAUGAACGCUUGCCCUGUUUCCUUAUACAAAGAAGUAGUCGGAUUAGGUUAAGAGCCAAGAGCCAAAGACCUUUUAGCUCUCAAAGUCCUACAGUUCCAGCAUUCAGAGGAAUCUACUACAAUAUUUUUAUGUGCUUAAUUAGAAUAUUAGGAUCCUAAAUGCAGCCCAGAAUCUAGGACAUCUGCACAACGGAGUGGAACAGCGCAAAACGCAGCAUUGAUCGGUUUAGGCUAAAGGAAGCAGAGUAGGAUCUGGGGAGAUUUUCAUGACUUCCAGUUACAUUUCUAGAAGUGGCUGGAAACUUACACGUGUAUCUGCGUGGUCACUACUUACUCCCCUCUGUCUCCUCUCUGUCAAACAAGGGUAGCACCCUGAUCUCUUCUACAAACGCAUGGUGAGGACUGGUAGCAUUUGUGAGUAAGCGCAGUGAACUGUGAUCUUAGGAAAGGUUUUGUGCUACUUCAGACUAAAAUGCUACAUUGAGUUGCCUCUGAGAUGCAUACUUUUGCUGUUCUUUGUUUAUAGCUGGGACAGAUGGCGAUCAAAAUGGACUUGACCACCCAUCUGUUGAAGUUUCCCUGGAUGAAAACUCAGGAAUGUUAGUAGACGGCUUCGAAAGGACCUUCGAUGGGAAGCUCAAGUGUCGUUAUUGCAACUAUGCCAGCAAAGGGACAGCCCGGCUUAUCGAACACAUCCGAAUCCACACAGGUGAAAAACCUCAUAGAUGUCACUUAUGUCCAUUUGCCUCUGCUUACGAGCGUCACCUGGAAGCCCAUAUGCGUUCCCAUACAGGAGAAAAACCAUAUAAAUGUGAAUUGUGUUCCUUCCGCUGCAGCGAUCGAAGCAACCUGUCCCAUCAUCGACGGCGCAAGCAUAAGAUGGUGCCAAUCAAAGGUGCGAGGUCUUCCCUAAGCAGCAAGAAAAUGUGGGGUGUUUUACAGAAGAAAACCAGCAACCUGGGCUAUAGCAGAAGAGCAUUAAUCAACUUAAGUCCGCCUUCCAUGGUGGUUCAGAAGCCAGACUACCUUAACGACUUCACCCAUGAAAUCCCCAACAUCCAGACGGACUCCUAUGAAAGUAUGGCGAAAAGCACCUCAACUGGGGGCCUACCCAGGGACCCCCAAGAACUCCUGGUCGACAACCCCCUCAAUCAGCUCUCCACUCUCGCAGGGCAGUUGUCCAGCCUGCCCCCCGAAAACCAGAACCCCGCGUCCCCCGACGUCGUGCCCUGCCCGGACGAGAAGCCUUUCCUGCUGCAGCAGCCCUCGGCCCAGGCAGUGGUUUCUGCCGUGGCCGCGAGUAUUCCUCAGAGCGCCUCCCCCACCAGCCCCGAGCCUCGGCCGCCCCAGAGCCAGAGGAACUACAGUCCCGUGGCAGGUCCAAGCAGCGAACCCAGUGCCCACACGAGCACCCCGAGCAUAGGAAACAGCCAGCCGAGCACGCCCGCCCCGACCCUGCCGGCCCAGGACCCGCAGCUCCUGCACCACUGCCAGCACUGUGACAUGUACUUUGCCGACAACAUCCUCUACACCAUUCACAUGGGAUGUCACGGGUAUGAGAACCCUUUCCAGUGCAACAUCUGCGGGUGCAAAUGUAAGAACAAGUACGACUUCGCCUGUCACUUCGCAAGAGGGCAGCACAACCAGCACUGACCGGACGUCACAGUGCUCUGUCCUUGGUUGUGGCUUCAUGCGUUUUUUAGUUUUGUUUAUUGUUGGUUUUUGUUGGUAGGGGGAGGACCCAUCCCUAAUAUGCUAAUUUAAAGUUUAUACAUUAUAUUUAUAGAAAACAAAGUUGACAAUAGAAACAAAUGUUUUCCUUUUUUUUUUCUCCAUAAAAGUUUGUUCUAAUUUAUAUAUUAGAACAAUUAGACACAUUGGUGUCUGUUUUUUCCUUUUAUUUAGACUUUGAUGAUUGAAGUGCAAUCUUAAUCUUACAGGUAUUCAUUUAAACUCCCAUGCUUAAGGUCCAUGUAGACUUCAGAGCUUGAUCCUAGUGGUGUUUCACUAUAUACGCAGCUAGAUGUCAUGUCUGCCUCAUUUAAAAAUGGUAGAAUAAAUCACUUUCUCACAAACUUUGUUACAACUUAUUUCCAUGUUUAGCAGAGGAAUUGCCUUUAAAAUUGCUCUUUAGAUAGUUGAAAUACUAUCUAGUUCACUUAGUUUAAGUUGAAUUGAUAGUUUCAACUGAUAGAAGUAAAGCUAUUUCAGUAUAUAGUAAACCUUUUUCUUUUUUUCCAUAAGGGGGGGAUGUAAAACAGUUAAUUCUUUUAAAAUGAAAGCUAUAAAAAUUUGAGAGGAAUGUCCUGAAAUGAAAUAAAACAAGGCUUUACAUUGAAAAUGGAGCUUAAUAUUUGAAAACCUGUUUAUUCAGUCUCGUUUAAAAAUGCAUCAAUUUGCCAUUGGAUUCAUUUUAUUAUACUUGUAGUUUAUUUUAAAAACCACAAUACAUGAGAAUGCUGGAAAUGUCAGGUGAUUACCUAUGAAGACGCCUUUUUUGUUCUUUUAGUUUGAACCUUGUAUUUAAACGCUUUCUUCUGACGUCAUUACUGUCAGGUGAGCUUGACAAGGACAUUGAGUGUCUGUUCUCCCUCCUGUUCCUUUGAUGACCAAAGAGGUAAGUGACAGUCCCAUCUGGUUCCCGGAGACAGUCCUUCACGAAACACGAAAUUCCGCCUCCUGUUUCCUGCCUCCGGCCUUGCACCCAUUUGUUGUCCAUAAUUUCUCAGAUGUGUGUAUAGGAACACAUGGGAAAUGGGAUGAAGUGUAUUUUUAAAAACGAAACACAUCCAAAACGAAUUCUUCUCUUCAGAAUUGGCCCCUUAGAACACUUAGUGUGACUUCAGGUUGUGAUGCUCGUUGCCGUUGCACCAGUCUUUCCUGCGCGGCGACAGAGCCAUGGAAGCCGACUGCCUCGACACCUAGUGGGAAAGGACUUACCGUGUGAAAGUAGAUUUAACUUGUUUACAGAAAUAAGACGUGCUCAUUAAUCUAGAGGAAUUUUGAAUAGGAGGCUGCUGUUGAUAUAUUGUGUAAUAACUCGCUUACCCUGAAGAGCGCUUGGUCAAACAAUAAACUUACUGUUUCUAACUGUU